CCUGAAGACAGCAUCUGCAAGGCCAUUACAAGCAAAAAGCGUGCGUUUAAGCUGAUUUUAGUUUCCCUGAUUUCCUCUCGCCUCCUUUUCAUUUCCCUUCUCUCCACACACCCUCCCCCCUUCUAGAAGGAGGAGCCGUAGCGCAUCCUCGCUCGCCUCUCCAAGGGAGGCUGAUCUUUGCGGGCCAAGCAAGCACCGCGGAUCUGCUGCAAGCGCAAGGUGCAGCUCCGUCGGCGGCGGGCGCGGCUGGCUCCCCCCGCCUCGUCCAUCCUUGGCUUCUUUCCUCCUCCCUUAGCGAUCGGCGCAGGACGCUGGAGGGGUGGCCAGGGCAGCGACUGCGGAGCUGAGCACCGCCUCCCCCCCCCUUUCCUUCUCGCCUGGAUCUGCUGAGAUGAGCCGCGCCGGGAACCGACUCCCGACUCGGCAAGGCUGGUGGGAGAGAAGGCGGCGGAGCGCCAGGCUUCCCUGAGCCGCCGCCGCCGCCGCCGCGAAGAGCCUCCCCCCACCCGACGCCGGCGCCCGUCUGAAGUGAGUGGAGCGGCCGCCCCCUCGGCCAGGUGCUCCCGCCCCCCCUCCUCUGGAUGCUGCCGCUGCUGCUGCUCCGCGGCUGGCCCCCCUGCAAGGGCUCGGGAGGCGGGGAGCGCGCAUGGCGGCGGCGCAGCAGCGGCGGCGGGGCUCGAGGGGGCGGCCCAGGCAGCGGCCGCUGCGCCCGAGGUUGCCGGGGUUGCGGGCGGUGCGCUGGCGUCGGGCGGCGCCGGCCCGGCGGGCUCUCUGGCUGCUGGCGGUGGGCGCCUCGUUGGGCUUGCUGCUGGCGUGGUCGUCCAACCGGCUGCUGCACUGGCUGGCCUUCCCGUCGCACACGACGGUGCGCACGGAGUGGAGCCGCCAGCUGGCCUUCCCGGCCGUCACGCUCUGCAACAACAACCCGCUGCGCUUCCCGCGCCUCUCCAAGGGCGACCUCUACUACGCGGGCAACUGGCUCGGCCUCCUCCUGCCCAACAGGACGGCGCGGCCGCUGCUGGCCGAGCUCCUGCGCGCCGAGCCCGAGCGCCUGCGCUGGUUCGCCAAGCUGGCCGACUUCCGCCUUUUCCUGCCGCCGCGCCACUUCGGGGGCAUCAGCGAGGAUUUCGUCGACCGCCUCGGCCAUCGCCUCGACGACAUGCUCCUCUCUUGCAAGUUCAGAGGCGAGCAGUGCGGCCCGCACAACUUCUCCGCUGUGUUUACGAAAUAUGGGAAGUGCUACAUGUUUAACUCAGGAGAAGAUGGGCAUCCUCUGUUGACCACAUUCAAAGGUGGGACAGGCAAUGGCCUGGAAAUAAUGCUGGACAUUCAGCAAGAUGAGUACUUGCCAAUAUGGGGAGAAACAGAUGAAACGACGUUUGAAGCAGGAGUCAAAGUCCAGAUCCACAGUCAGUCUGAGCCACCAUUUGUUCAGGAGCUUGGGUUUGGUGUGGCACCUGGGUUCCAGACGUUUGUAGCCACGCAAGAACAAAGGCUGACGUACCUUCCGCCUCCGUGGGGCUCGUGCCGUUCGUCGGACUUCGGCCUGGACUUCUUUCCCAUCUAUAGCAUUACUGCGUGCAGAAUAGACUGCGAGACCCGCUAUGUGGUGGAAAAUUGCAACUGCAAAAUGGUUCACAUGCCAGGAGAUGCUCCGUUCUGCACACCAGAGCAGUAUAAGGAAUGUGCAGAGCCUGCACUAGGGAUUCUUGGUGAAAGGGACAGCAGUUAUUGUGUAUGCCAAACGCCGUGCAACUUAACACGCUACAACAAGGAACUUUCCAUGGUCAAAAUCCCCAGCAAGACCUCAGCCAAGUACCUCGAGAAGAAAUUCAACAAGUCAGAAAAAUACAUCUCGGAGAAUAUCCUUGUGUUGGAUAUAUUCUUUGAAGCGCUCAACUAUGAGACCAUUGAGCAGAAGAAAGCGUAUGAGGUGGCAGCUUUACUUGGUGAUAUUGGAGGUCAGAUGGGCCUUUUUAUUGGUGCUAGUAUCCUCACCAUUUUGGAAAUAUUCGACUAUAUCUAUGAGCUGAUCAAGGAUAAGUUGUUAGACCUCCUAGGCCAGGAGGAGGAGGAAGGAAGCCACGAUGAGAAUGUGAGUACAUGUGACCCCUUGCCAAACCACUCUGAUCCCAUCAGCCACACUGUGACGGUCCCCCUGCAGACGACACUCGGCACGUUGGAGGAGAUUGCGUGCUGACAAGACUCCUGCGGCACCAUGGAUGGCUAGAUGGCCGGAACUCUGUCCCCGGAAGCCAGGGAAUCCCUCUCAGGUUCACCACACAGGGUGGGGGAACGACUGAGGAUUUCGCUAUGCAUCCACCUUCUCUUUCUCUCUCUCUUUUUGCCAAAAUCCAGCAAGAAACGCCUCAGACUCAGUUGCAUCGUCCUGUCCCUGUAGGAUGGGAGGAGGAGGGCAUGGGGAGGGGCAGGGCUGUCUUUACCAGCGGACGCCGCCUCUCAAUUUUUGAACUGUACAAACUCGACGACCAAGGAACCGCCAUUUCAUAGACUGCCGACUGUACAAAAGAAGCCUGCAUGCCAGUCCUUUUGAUGGCAAUACCUCCCUCUUUUUCUUUACAAGCUGUCUCUCUGUCUAACAGCCGUUUUUUCCCCCACAACAAAGAAGGAGGCCAUGGCACAGAUGCCCCCUGAGUUCACCAUUACUUAACACCACCACAGGCUGAGUUAGAAUAAAGAAACAACAAAGGUCCAACUUCAAGGGCCACCAUUC